CAAUUCUGUGCGCGAGAGCAGAGCGAGGCAGAGCGGACUACGGCGGCAUCCCUUCUUCUUACCGGACGAAACAUACACCGACUUUUAUUCUCACAGCUAUUCCGAGCAGUUGCAUCUUUACUGUGCGCUGACAUCUUCUACCCAACGGGACUGGACCGAAAAACGUUUUUAAAAGGUGAAAACCUUAUUACCGAUCAGCAAGCGCGAGAAACGAUCUCACAGCAAUUACAAACGACUGACUUGGGUACAUCAUCUGGAUAACAAACCGGUUCACGUAAAACGGAGAGGUUUCGUGAGGACGUAGGAUACACACGAGGAAAGCAAGAGGGAUAAAGGAGAGAGAAGACAGGAUGAUUCUCAAGCAUCAUCUGAUUCUGACGCUGUGCGCCGUCUACGGGAUCCUGAUUAAAGUGACAGCACAGAGGAGUAAAGUGCGAGGGUCCUUGGGGCAACAGCCUCUGGUCCAGAACGUGACGGUGACGGAGGGAGAGACGGCCAACAUGACGUGCCGGGUGGACCACAACGACCAGACCUCUCUGCAGUGGUCCAACCCAGCACAGCAGACGCUGUUCUUCGGAGACAAGAAAGCUCUGAGAGAUCACCGUAUUGAGUUGGUGCGUGCGUCCUGGUCAGAGCUAACCAUCAGCAUCAACGAAGUAACCCUGGCUGACGAGGGGAUGUAUACCUGCUCUCUGUUCACCAUGCCUGUCAAGACCGCCAAGGCCUACCUCACUGUCCUGGGGGUGCCAGAGAAGCCAGAGAUUGAUGGUCUGACAAAGCCUGCUCUGGAAGGAGAUGAGAUCACCCUGACAUGCAUGACCCAUGGCUCCAAGCCUGCAGCCGACCUCCGCUGGUUCAGGAACGAGAAGGAGAUCAAAGGCGCCAAGGAGGUGAACGCCAGCGGGAGAACCUUCACCGUGACCAGUUCUCUGCAGCUGUUGGUGGACCGGAAUGAUGACGGCGUGGCGUACACAUGUAAAGUGGACCACGUGGCCCUGACACAGACUCCUCAACAAGCCACUGAGGUGCUAGAGGUCCACUAUGCUCCUCGUGUGGUCAUCACUCAUUCGUUGACAUUCCCUCAGGAGGGCCAGUACAUGAAGCUGGAGUGUGUAUCCCAGGGAAACCCCUCACCAGACCCUGUAUUGUGGACGAAGGAUGGAGGUGACCUCCCAGACCUGGACCGGAUGAUCGUGGAGGGCAGAGAGUUGACCUUCACCGCCCUGAACAAGACCGACAAUGGCACCUAUCGCUGUGAGGCCUCCAACCACCUAGGAACCAGCAGUGCAGAAUACGUACUAUAUGUCUACGACGCCCUCACCACGCCCCCUCCAUCCACCACCCCACCCCCCCGUCCCACCCCUCCAGACAACACCGAUCCCAUUGACCCCCACCUCGCCUCCUCAGACCCUACAAACACCAGCCACAGAGACCCAAAUGCCAUGGGGCAGCACGGGACAGACCACGCUCUGAUUGGCGGCGUGGUGGCGGUGGUCGUGUUCGUCACCUUGUGUCUAAUCAUCGUUCUGGGUCGUUACCUGGCCAGACAUAAAGGAACUUACCUGACCAACGAGGCCAAGGGUGCGGACGAUGCACCGGACGCUGACACAGCUAUUAUCAACGCAGAAGGAAACACUCAUGCUGAGGAAAAGAAGGAGUACUUCAUCUAGACAUUAGAGGUCACUCUGCUCAAAUCGGAUUGGUUACCCUCCCCACCCACCCUGAUUUUCCUUUUCAUCCCUUCCUCCCUCUCUUUUUCUUUCCCUCUUUCUCCCAAUCUGUCUUCAUCCGUUUUUCCUCCAUCCCUGUUUAUACUUCAUUUAGACAGCAGGGGGCGCGGUGCAGCUCACAUUAUCCCUCUGUCCCUCUCUAACCCUCUGUCUCUUUCUAAAUAUAUAUUUCUCUCCCUGUCUUUCUAAUUCUCCCCCGCCCCUGCUGCGUCACUAAGGAAACCCCCUGGGCAGUCAGUAGAGAGGAAAUACUCCUUCUGCUUUUUACCUUUUCCCUGCUUUACCCCCACAUUCUGCCGGCUUUUUUGUUUUCCUUUUUUAUUAUUUCAUUCCGUGAAGAAAAUCCUUCAGCUUUUCUUCAUUUUCCUGGGGGUCUUUUUUGAACCAACUUGGUUUCUGUUGCAGACCUUCAUUUGUUUUUAUAUUUUUCUGUGGAUGUCUUUUUAAACUUUUUUUUUUAAUUUGUGAAAUAAAAACUAGAGAAUCUGCAUAUCCAGGACACCCCUUAAUACCCCUCAUUCCCAUCCCUCUUACCCACACACACACACACACACACACACAUACACACACACUCCCUUGACUCCACACUUGAUUCAAACACAUUAUCUGUGUCCCGUCUACACCCCGCCCCCAGUUCCUUUACACAGUGCCUAAAUAUACAGCCUUCAUUUACAGUCUGUCAGCGGUUAUGAACCCGCUGUGUCGUUCAUUUACAGCAAUGUUACAAAUCCUUUAUUUGGAUUUCUAUUUGAAUAAUUUCACUGCUUCUUAAGCUUGCAGUUUGUUUAAUUAAACCUCUUAUGUUUUCUGGAUUUUUACUUUAUUUAAAUUAAUGCGUCUGCUUGUUAUGCCUUUUCUAUGUCUUUCACACUGAAUAUGGUACUUUAGAUGAUGCCCCCCCCCCCCCCCACACACACACACACACACACUCUCCUUCACUGUCCCCUAAAUAGAGGGGAAGAAUAGAUUUGUAAACAGGGGAAGCCGUCGCCAUCUACGAUAAGACAACGGGUUUGUUCACACAAAACAAACUUUACUCAAGACGCACUGCUGUACGAUGCAACGAAAUGACAGGACCGUGUGUUGUACAAAAUGAUACGAUGCGAUUGAGGUUUUCUGAGCACUGUAGCCAUGUUGUGAGAUAUGAUAUGUGUGUAAAUUGUUCACUAUUAGUCCAAUAUUAGGUGUUAGAAUCUUUAAGACAGACAAAUCAACUGAUCAUUGAUAACAUUCAUAGUGUAAUUCUGAACACCAAAAAGGUACAAAAGCAAUGCUGGAUGAAGGUUUAUAUCAAAUGAGAAGAAGCAACAAUCAAUCAAUUAAUGUAUUGCAUCUUACUGCACCUGAUCAUUAGCUUGAUUCAUUCUGCUGUCUGUGUGUCCAUGAUGUAUACAUCUAUCUGUAUAUUCUUGCACUGUUUCAGAUCACUGCUUAGCUAACGGAACACUCUCACAGCAUCACCAUGGCAACUUAGGAUCUAUCCAGCAACAUCACCAUCGGUUGCCAUGGGGAUGUAAAACCAUGCAAACUUUUGGGUGGCAGUGUUGUAUUGUGUGGAUAUUUAAAAUGGGUUCAUUUUUAGUUUUCUUUCAUUUGAAAAACAAUGUUAUUUUUUUCAAGCAUUUUAGAUUUGGGCCAAGACUUACACUUCAGCGCCAAGAAUCGAACAUGGCAAACAUUGCGAGUGUGCUCUGUUUUAGCUAAGCUGUGGCUUCCUUCACCAAAACACAAAAAAAAAAAAAAUGCAAAAGCACAACCGCCAUCCCCUGAACCUCCAUGUUACUUUGCCGACUGCUAGAGAUCCUCAGGAAUGGUUCUGCUUAGAGUUACAAAAUCCUGGAAUCUUUUCCAAGGUUCCAGACUUUUUCCAGAAACCCAUGUUGGAGGAUUUCGGGAGUUGUGCUACACUUGCUCAAAUCAAAAGGGGAGAAAUUGGCACUCCCUAAUUCAACCCACAUUAUAUAAAACAUGAUUUAUUCAACCUACUCCAUAUCUGACCAUACAGUGUAUUUAUACAUAAACUAAACAAACGUGGUCUUUUAUUUUAUGUUGAUAUAGUUCUUAUCCCUCCCCUUGUGUAUACGGCUGUAUAUUGCGUCUGCUAAAUGUGGUAACUAGUGAAAAAUGUUGUUCGAUUUUGGGAUCCCUUAUUCCUUCAGAUUUGUAUAUUAGCCACUUUAUCUAUUGAAGUAAAAAAAAAAAAAAUCUCUAUUCACUUUUUAUUUGUCAUUGCUAAAAUAUCUUUUUUUUGUGUUAGCACAAGGCAUGUACAGGAUAAACUGUGUAAGUCUGGGAUGUUGGUAAUACAAGUUUUCUUUCAAACGUUUUUAUUUUACCUAAAUUUUUGUAUACUUUUUCCCUUCUAUUCUUACCAGUAAGAUCUUUAAUUUAUUUGUUUUUCACAAUUAUUUAAUGGAAUAAAACACAUUAGAAAUGUAUCCCUCCUUUCAUUGGGAGGACAGGGGUUUGUUGGUAUGUUUCUGCCUCCUGUAAGUGUUUUGCAGAUUGGACAGGUUUGGUGUUGAAGAAAAGAUUGGUUGAUUUUUGAAUAUCAAGGGUCUGUUCAUCUGGCUGACAACAGCUCUCAAGUGUUUAUAGGUAGAAUUAGGAUAACAUACACUAGCCAGUUAGCUAGCUCGUUAACUAUGUUUGUUAGCUAGCCUCAUUACAAUGCUCAAUUACCACACUUUGUUAGCUAGCUUACUUAGCUAAGAAACUGGAUUAUCUUUCACUACUAGCAAUUGUAUUAUAUAGUAAACAAUGGAAUGGGUAUUAUUAUUUGUGGUUAAAAUAAAGCAUUUACAUACCAUAUCAAGAAUCUGAACAAUAUCACUAGAAUGAUUGAAUCUUGAAACCCAAGCUAGAGAAUCAAUAGGGAAAUAAAUAGUUUGAUCCUCCAUUUCAUAGUGAUUAUUUUCUAUAAGGUUUUAUAUGACACUAGAUGAUGUACAAUACAUCAACACAAUAGGCAUCGUGUAGUUGUCAGAUGUCAAUGAACCUGAAAAUCUUUCUUUAGAUGUAGAACCAGCUUCACUGUACACCAGCCUUUGGGUGUUUCCACAUCAAAUGACACACAAAAACAAUUCCAGUAACUUUUUCAAAAGUAUAAAUAAUCCUAGGUUUUCUAUUUUGGUUAUAAUAUUCCCAGAUACAGGAGGGAACAAGCAGGAAAAACCUUCAUUCUCCAACCAGGAUUUCCUGGAAACCUGAGAUUUUUGGGGAAGUUGCUGAAAUUCUGCCCUAAUAGGACAAUAACUGUAUGACUAUAGGCCUAAGCCAAACCAACGGGCCGUCCUCAUAUUUAAAAGCCUUACAGUAAAUAUUUAUUCUUCCUACAACUAUACUUUAAUUAGCAAUGGCUGGUGUUUAUCUUGUGUUUUUUUUUAAACAUUUGAUAAAUGUCACAUAGGAUUCUGAUGUAAAAGAUGUUGGCUUGCUAUAGUCUUAUGUUGCUGUCAAUACUUCUCAGUCCGGCCAUUAAAACAAAAAAAUUUAGUGAGCCGAAGUGAAUUUCAAAGCAGAACAUACCAGAUCCAAAAACAAAUCUUACUGCAAUUUCUUAAUUAUAUGUCUUUAUUGUUUUCAACAACUGUAACAGUCUAUGGCUUUGUUCAAACAGACUGCCCAUUUCUGAUAUCUUUUUCACAAUUAUUGCCAAAAGAGCUGAUCUGAUUUGUCAAAAGACCAAUUUAGUAAAGGUCAGUGCUGGGCAGCCCGUGUAAACUAGGCCUUUAUGACAAACCUUUAAACAGAUGGUAUAGUUGUAUUCUGAGACAGACUGUACCUGUUAGUCUGGUUGUUCAUGAAGAUAUGUUUACAGUCCAUAUUCUUCUUUUGUUCAUUAUCCUUCAAUCGUUGAUGAUUAAACUUGUAUGAGAAUAAAGAAGCAGCUCUGAAGUACCAGUA